AUUGCUAUAUAAACCCUUCUAAAACCCCUCUUUCUUCCGCCCUCUCUAUUCUCUGCUCUUUGCAUAUCAGUCUUCUGUCUCCUUCUGCCUCCCCUUUCUCCGCUCCAAAACUUAAGCUUUAACCAACAAUCACCAAUGGAGUUUUGGGGUGUUGAAGUGAAAGCAGGAGAAUCUCUAAAGGUCAGGCCAGAGCUUUAUAAGCUCAUUCAUAUUUCCCAGGCAGCUUUAGGUGAAGUGAAGGAUGCCAAAGAAGCCAAAAAUGUUCCACUACGCGUCACUGUUGGAGAAAACAACUAUGUCAUUGGAACUCUAUCGGCUGAAGAAAGACCUCAAUUGAUGUUUGAUUUGGUUUUUGAAAAGGAGUUUGAACUUUCACAUGGCUGGAAAAAUGGGAGUGUCUACUUCAUUGGAUACACAGCUGAUGACCCAACUGAUGAAAUUGACUCUGAGGAUGAAGAUUCUGAGGAUGAAGAAAAUGUUUUAGCUGCUCUAAAUGGGAAACUUGAGGAGCAAAAGGCUGAUGUGAAGGAUGUCAAGCCUGUGACAAAAGAGGCUGCACCUACUAAGGCAAAAGCUGCAGUAGCUGAACCAAAGAAGGCUGAGUCUGAUGAUGAUGACGACGAUUCUGAUGAUGAAGAUGAUAGUGACGAGGCAGAAGAUGGCAUGGAUUCUGAUGGUCCAGAAGGAAUGGAUUUUUCUGACGAUUCUGAGGAUGAUGAUGAUGAUUCGGAGGAAGAUGAGUCGGAAGAAGAGACACCCAAAAAGAACAAGAGGCCUGCUCCCCCUGCUAAAGCUGGUUUUGCCAAAAAAGCAAAACAAGCUACACCGGACAAGUCAGGUGGUAAGAAAGGUCCAGCAACACCUGCCUUUGCUAAGCAAAAUGGUAAACCUGCAGCAACCAAUGGUAACAAGGGGAAAGGUCAGAGCCCAAAGUCUGGUGGCCAGUUCUCUGGCAAAUCUUCCAACAACAAAAACUUCAGUGGCCAACAAAAAGGUGGUUUCAAGGGUAAGCAUGGAAAGAAGUAGGCUACUAACCGUGGUGGACAAGGCAUGAUGGCAUAUAUGAAGUCUUUGAAGAGGAAAAAGUAUUUUAUUUUUUAGUUAAAGGGAGAUUAUCCGUGCUUUAAGCUAUUUUCCGUAGUUAUAAGUAGGUCAAUUUUGGAUGAGAGUGCUCCUUACCAGUAAGUUUUGUUGCCAUAUUCAUUUUCUAGAACACCUUUUGUGAUACAUUUUUGGGAUCAUAUAUUAUUCGUAUUCGAAGUUAAUUGUUUUGUUGCGGUAUAAAACUGUUGCAAGCAUUAUCUUAG